UCUGUGAGAGGGUAGCUUCAGAGAUACAGACUAAAGGAAAGAGAGAGAAAAAGUCCAGGGCUUUCUGAAAGGACUUUGACAGAUUCAUUUCCACACUUGGAAAAUGGUCCGCUCUUUACAAAAGUAUCUGAGUGACUACCUGGCAGAGCGCCGGAUUCGCCGUACUCGCCUAGUUACAAAGGAUGGGCACUGCAACAUUGAAUACGGAAACAUUAAAUAUCAAAACCAUUUUGCUUACAUUCUUGAUUUCUGGACAACACUUGUGGAAAUCCGUUGGCGUUUCGUUAUCUUCUUCUAUGUGGCCUCCUUCACAAUGAGCUGGUUCAUUUUUGGUUUGAUAUGGUACUGGAUUGCCCGAGACAACGGAGAUCUGACAUGGCAGAACCCACCAAAUGGCCACACACUAUGUGUGGACAACGUCUAUGGUAUGACCUCGGCGUUCCUCUUCUCGCUAGAGACCCAGAGCAGCAUAGGGUAUGGAGUACGUGUCAUCACUCCACUGUGUCCAGGCGCAAUUGCCCUCCUCACCAUACAGUCCAUUAUAGGUGGACUUAUCAACUGCUUUUGGUGGGGUGUUGUCAUGACCAAGAUCGCUCUUCCCAAGAAGAGGGCCAAAACCAUCAACUUCAGUGAGGCAGCUGUCAUUUGUCCUAAGAAUGGUACACUGUGUCUUCAAAUCCGUGUGGCUAACCUUCGCAAGACCCUCAUGAUUGGUAGCCAGAUCUACGGCAAGUUGCUGCGGACAACCAUAACCCCUGAAGGGGAGGCCAUUAUUUUAGACCAGGUCAAUAUCGAUUUCAUGGUUGAGUCUGGAAAAGACAACCUGUUUUUUGUCUGUCCCUUGACUCUUUAUCAUGUCAUUGACAAGUCCAGCCCAUUCUUUGAAAUGGCGGUGGAUACACUACAUCACCAGGAAUUUGAGCUGGUUGUCUUCUUAGAUGGCACAGCAGAGUCCACCAGCUCCUCCUGCCAGGUCAGGACAUCCUACAUGCCACAGGAGAUCAUGUGGGGCUACAAGUUUCAAUCCAUCAUCUCCCGGAGCAAAGAAGGGAAGUACCGCGUGAACUUCUCCAACUUUUCAAAGGUGGUGCCCGUGCCAACUGCACACUGUGCCUACUGCUUUCACAAUGUGAAGGGCCACCAUCACCAUGUGAUGACUGGAACUGACAACCAGGGAUUUGAAGUCAUAGACAUCAAUGAUCCACCCAGUGGCACCAAGAUGUAG